AUGAGCGGACAAGGUUACGAUUACAAGAGCUCCGGCACCAACAGCGAGGGCAACCACUACUGCGCGCGUGACUACGGUAGCAGUGCUUCCAACUCCAACUCGUACCACUACUCUAACACUGACGGAUCCUACUACUACUCCAACCCCAACGGCAGCACCUACUACAACGAUGGCAACGGCGGCUCAACCUACACCUCUCCCGGCGGCGAGAGAAGCUCGUCCGGCUAUGGCAGUGGAAGCUCCGGUAGCUCUGGCAAGAAGUAA